GCAGUAUCAGACAGAAGAGCGGCACGCGCUUUGGCCAUGUAACAUCAAGCGGUGCGUAUAGAGACAUCCAAGUGGACACUCAUCACCCAUCCGAUCCUUCUCUGUCUCCAACCUGAUGACGGCUGUUAAUCAGAUUAACCAACAGGACGGCAGAGCGACACAUCAUCCCUCUGGAGAAAAGUAACUGUUCGUGGGGCUGCUGUGGAUUUAUAAAAGAUGAUGCGCUCCGUGCGCCCCAGAUCAGGAGGUCUGAUCAUGAAUCCGUGCAGAAGGUCCGUUUUGAUGCUUUUCAUCUUGUCAUCUCUUCAUAUAUCGUGCCAAUCGGAGUUUCCCAGUCCAUUCAUGAUUAAAGAGUGGGUUGAUCAACAUCAGCAAGAACUGGUAUCUUUAGCAGACACAGCCAGCGGUGGGAGUAAUCUCAGACAGAUCUUCGAAAGUAAUCAGAAUUAUUUCACUGUGAAAACAAAUAAUGCAGGACACCUCGUGGAAUCGGCAGCAAGGAAUAUAGAAAACUUCUUGAAAAAGCGAGCCAAAGCGCUACAGACUUUGGCUGCUGCAGCAGAGGAUUUCCAAAGGGAGCAUCAAUGGAAAGACGAGUUCCAAGAGGAUGAUAUAGUUUACUUUAAUGCCAAGGAUAAUCUUUACGCCAAUGAAACCGAAGGACGGAAAAACCGCAUCAGACCUGAAUUCCAAGAGGAUCCGGCAUUCAAAAACCGCCUCACUUCCUACAACCAUACAGCUGUGCACAUCCCCACGGAUAUAUAUGACGGCUCCACAAUUGUGUUGAACGAGCUGAACUGGACCGAGGCGUUAGAUGACGUAUUUAAGAAGAACAGAGAAGAAGACCCAACGCUUCUGUGGCAAGUGUUCGGCAGCGCGACUGGAUUAGCUCGUUAUUACCCAGCUUCCCCUUGGAUGGAUGCCAGGAAAACGCCCAGUAAAAUCGACCUGUAUGAUGUGCGGCGACGACCUUGGUAUGUUCAAGGUGCAGCUUCACCCAAGGACAUGCUGAUUCUUGUGGAUGCGAGUGGAAGCGUGUCUGGACUGACCCUUAAACUGAUCCGUACUUCUGUCAGUGAAAUGCUGGAAACUCUUUCCGAUGAUGAUUAUGUCAAUGUCGUCCAUUUCAACACAAAAGUGAAUAACACAGCCUGUUUCGACCACCUGGUCCAAGCCAACGUUCGAAAUAAAAAGAUUCUCAAAGACGCUGUGCAGAACAUUACAGCCAAAGGCAUCACCAACUACACAAAAGGCUUUGAAUUUGCCUUCGACCAGCUUGCAAACCAGCCAAACGUCACCAGAGCAAACUGCAACAAGAUUAUAAUGCUGUUUACUGAUGGAGGAGAGGAAAGAGCAGAAGAGAUCUUCAGCAGACACAACAUAAACCAAGAGGUGCGUGUGUUCACAUUCUCUGUAGGUCAACACAACUAUGACACAGGACCAAUAAAGUGGAUGGCUUGUGCUAAUAAAGGAUACUUCUAUGAAAUCCCUUCCAUCGGAGCCAUCCGCAUAAACACACAGGAAUAUCUUGAUGUGUUGGGGCGGCCAAUGGUCCUUGCAGAUGCUAAGCAGGUGCAGUGGACCAACGUGUACCUGGAUGCUCUGGAGCUGGGCCUAGUCAUCACAGGCACGCUACCUGUAUUCAACAAGACCAAAUCUGAAGGAUCUCUCAGCCAGAACCAGUUGAUUUUGGGAGUGAUGGGGGUGGAUGUGUCCCUUGAUGAUAUCAAGAGAUUGACGCCCCGCUUCACCAUUGGCCCUAACGGAUAUUAUUUUGCAAUCGACCCCAAUGGCUACGUGCUGCUCCAUCCAAACCUCCAACCAAAGAACCCCAAAUUCCAGGAACCUGUUACACUGGACUUACUGGAUGCUGAACUGGAAAAUGAUAUUAAAGUCAAGAUACGGACACAAAUGAUUGACAGAAUACCCGGCAAUGAAACCAUAAGAACACUUGUGAAAUCUCUGGACGAGAGAUACAUCGAUCGAGGGAUUAGGACCUACACAUGGGCACCUGUUACUGGUACAGAUUACAGCCUGGCCUUGGUCUUGCCCGAAUACAAUCUGCACUACAUCCAGGCAAACCUGGGGAACACUAUAAAACAAGCCAUGUCCUCUGAGACCAUGCAGCAGGAGAAAUUUGAGGAAUAUGGCUACACCUUUAUUGCGCCCAGGGAAUACUGCAAGGACCUUAAUAUCUCAACCAACAACACUCAAUUCCUGAUGGACUUCAAUGAGUACAUAGACAGAAAAACCCCCAAUGACCCAGCGUGUAACAUGAGUCUUGUGAACCGACUACUGCUGGACGCUGGUCUCACUGCUGACCUUGUCAAAAUCUGGAAGGAUCAGAAUAUAGAAGCAGUCUCGGCCAGGUUUGUGGCUACGGAUGGAGGCAUCACACGUGUCUAUCCGAAAAGUGGAGGGGAGGAAUGGGGUGAAAAUCCCGAAACCUAUGAUUCAAGUUUUUACAAAAGGAGUUUGGACAAUGACAUAUACAUCUUUACUGCCCCAUAUGUCAACAAGAGCAGGGAGUCUGGUUAUGAGUCUGGUAUCUUGGUUAGUAAAGCGGUGGACGUGGAAGUUAAUGGAACAAAACUGAAACCAGCAGUGGUGGGUGUCAAGCUCAACGUGUCGGCCUGGAUGAACAUCUUCAUAAACGCCACAACAAAGAAAAACUGUAAGGAUGAGAUCUGUGGGUGUCUGAGGAAUGAUAAGCAAGUGGACUGUGUGAUUCUGGAUGAUGGUGGAUUUCUUCUUAUGUCCAACCAGGAUGAUUAUAUCGUACAGAUUGGCCAGUUUUUCGGUGAAGUGGACCCUGUUCUGAUGACCACUCUGGUCAACAUCUCGCUCUACUCCUUCAAUAAAACCUACGACUAUCAGUCGGUCUGCGACCCAGAGAGAGAAACGAAAGCUGCUGCAGGACCCAGAUCUGUUUAUGUGCCCACAAUAGCAGAUUUGCUCACUGUAGGCUGGUGGGCUUCCACUGCAUUCUGGUCAAUUCUGCAGCAGAUGUUGCUCAGUUUGACUCUUCCCAAUGUUGCUGGGACAGCACAUACUGAGGAAGAUCUCUCAGAUGCCUUCUCCAAAGAGAGCUGUAUUACAGAACAGACUCAGUACUUCUAUGAGAGUGAAAACACAUCUUUCUCUGGAGCUAUGGACUGCGGGAACUGCUCCAGAAUGUUCCGGGCGGAGAGGCUCCCUAAAACAAAUUUGGUGUUUUUGAUCUCGGAUGCCAAGAGUUCCUGCCUGUCCUGCGAUCCCAAACCCCUGAGACAAGCGGAACAGCCGUCCAAUGGUCCCGACCCAUGUGUGCUGGCCCAGGAACCUCGAUACAGAAAAGGCCCGGAUGCCUGCUUUGACACCAACACUGUCACUGGUGAGGAUGCGUCUGACUGCGGUGGGGUCUGCGGUUUGACUCCGUCCCUUUGGACAACGCUGGUUCUUCAGCUUCUUCUAUUGUGGCUGUUUACAGGAACCAGAACCCAUUUCUCCUGACCAGGCACAACGAGUUGCACAACAAGGACUUGGCACAGAUUCUGACACACAUUUAGUAUUGAAUAACUGUCUAUCAUUUGAUUGCCACAAACCUACGAUUGUCCAUAAAACACUGCCGAAUACUGCCCUGUAUAACCAGCCAAAACCAAGCGACAGAUCUAUGCUUGUUUUUUUAGUUUGGACCACAUCUUCAGAAACCUCACCUCUAGUGCCACAUGCAGUCCAAUAGAAUGAGUCCGCAGGCAACAUUGCGGUCAGAGACGGUUUCCAGCACCAGCCUGGAUCUGAAUCAAGGUUGAUUGAGAUUAAGACUGUUCAGCUCACGUGAGCUUUACAUCAGUGAGGUCAGUGAUGUCACAGCCAAGCCCUUUAGGCCUAUAGAGGCCUGUGUUUCCUUGUUUCAUUUUAUUUAAAGCAUUGAAAAGUGAAUGCGCUAAACUAGGGUGUGUGUCACAAAUCUCACAGAGAAAUGUUUGGGUCGUAUCUUGGCCCACAGUCAAAAGAAAUGAUGACUUGACCACUACACAUUUUUGCAUUAUUACGCAAAUUCAAAAUGCUGCAUUUCAAAAUGAGAUCCUAUCUAUAUACACAGAUUGAUUUGUUUUAAUUUAUUAAAAUAUGUAUUCAUCAUUUAAAUAUUAAAUUCAGCACAAAAAUAUUAUAUUUUUUUAUUUUCAAAUACACAAUUUAAAUAAAUAAUUUACCAAUGUUUAAUUUAGUUUUUCAUCUUAACCUAAAUAUGAAGAGUUCAUUUACGAAAACGGAUAACUCUUUUUCAAAAAUCAUGUUUUUUUACUGUGCAUUCCAAGUAAUAUCAAUCGAAUUGGAGUUGGGUUGUUUAAAUUACGUUAUUAUAAUAAAAGAAAUUCAGCUCACUAACACAAUAAAACAACAAAAAACACGAUAAUGUAAAUAAAAAACAUGAUUUUUUUUAUUUUAGUUAUUUGUUUUCGCAAAUAUUGUAGCGUAAUCGAGAAGAUGGUUUUGCUCACAAUGAAUAAAGAUCAUAAUGGUUCUUUAAAUAGAAAAGAUAAAAUAUGAUCACAUUUUAUGACUGACAUUUUUGUGAGAUUUAAUUUCUAUUUUUUUUUUUUAAAAGAAGUAUAUGGGGUUUUCAUUUUUCUGUUGCAUUCGAGAUUUACUGUUGAUUUAGACCUAAAGCAAGCUUGACAUAACCACAUGCAUCUGAUAAAAACGCCAGUUAAAAGUGCCAUGUUUGAGCAUAACAAUUCACCAUAAAAAGAUGUAAUGUACAUCAAACCGCACACGAGCAGAGAAUCAUCUGAUGUGAAAUCCAGACGCAGCAUUCCAGUUAGCGUACCGAAGUCGCUUUUUAGUUGUGUCAGAAGUCGCACGCUCGUAUCCAAAGGUCCGGAGCUUGUUGAAUGUGCUGAAAACUCCUCAGUCCCGUGUUCUGGCCCCCGCUGUCAGGCGAUUGCGUUUUACUGCAUGUCAUCCACAUACUUCAUCUGACAGAUUUUGUUCCAGUACGACAGACAUGAUAUCACAAGCGUGUCAGAUAUCGCAUCCACAUGUUGAAACAGCACAAGACAGCUUAUAAAAACGUCCUUAAAGAUUUUUCACUCUGGAGAAAUGUGCACUUCAGAUGGCUGAAUGUAUGUUUAUAUAUUCGUUUGUUAUUAUUGUGUUAGAAGGUUUAUGCAUGUAAAGAAUGAGCUUAGAUGAUAUGGAUCAGAUCUAUUGCCAGUGGGAAAAGGUUUUUGCGAGUUCCCCCGAGACUGUUCUGGGGAAAGAACAAAUACUGCAGCGGCAACGCUUUGAAAUUAUGAAAUAUUUAACCAACCACAUCCGAAAGGCCAAGUAUCUAAACUACAACAUGCUUCUCUCCAUUUUAGAAAGUUUUGAUGGCCCUCUUUAUCUUUCUUUAAAAAUACGAGCGUACAGUCAAUGUUUGCAUGAGUUAUUCUAAAUUCAACAUUUAAUUCAAGCAAAAAUAAAUGAUGAUGGCUUUUAUAGACUGUCGCGGAGCCGCAGCACUUUUUUCUUUAUUGUGGUCUGUUUGAUGAGGAGGUUGUAAAACAUCACAUUAACUGUGAUAAGUGAAAGCGAAUUUAAAAGCCGGGAAGUUAUUGCGACGAUUGCCAAAUGAAAAUGAAAUGUAGCGAGACGUGCUUGAGAUGGAUAAAGCUGGUUUUAGCUCGAGCAUCCAAGUCAGUUCUUUCUUUUGGUUUGGAUUGAAAGAAUUUAUCUUCCUGUCUUCACUGAUGUAGCAUUGAGUUACACACCUAAAUAUGCAGUUCAUUUAUGAAUCAUUACAAACAUUUUAGUCUCCUCUGAGGUUUCAAGGGUCUGGAUUUCUCAUCUCAGGCCUGGGGGUUGUGGCCAUAGGAUGUAACGUUUUAAAUACCUCACUAAAACGACAACGUGAGAGAUUUGAUCCAAGGAGAGCUUCGGUGACCCCACCUCCUCUUUACAAACUACACCGUGUUUAAAUGCCGGUGGUAUGUACUGUAUAUACAAACUCCGUAGAGGCCGUUCCUCUAUUUGAACUCAAAUAGAUCCAGUGUCACGUUCAAAAGAGCCGCACGUGAAACAUAAAACAGGUUAAUGACACGAUUAUGCUAAAUCUUAAAACCAGUGCCUACACGGUUAGUCAAGAAGAGAGAAUUACCUAGAAGUAGCAUUCACUUGGGGGUUUUAUUGGCAUGCUGCAAAGCAAAGUGUUUUCAUAUGUUCUAUAUCGUGGAGGAGUAACGGGACUAUUUUUAACUUAAAAUUUUCAAAGGACUUAUGCUGUUGUGUAUCUGUUAUCAAUGGAAAAAAAACGAGUCCAAAUCAGGAAUCCAAAAAGUAAAAUAUUUGUUUUAUAAAGUUUCCACUUUACAUUAGGGGGACAUAAAAUAUCGACAAACAUGAAAAUGUACUCCAUCAUUAUUCACUUAUGUCAAUACAAACCUUUGUUUCCACCCAUUUCUAAAAAACACAUGAUAGCGUGCACUAAGAUGAAAGUGAGAUAAUUACAACAUUUUCAUUUUGGGGCAAACUAGGUAUUCACACGGUGCUCUUUUAACUGACACUGUGACCUGUUUAAAAGGUUACACAUGUACAAUUUAACAUAUAUGACCCCCCCCCCUCAUGUAAAGAGGAUUGAGUUGUGUGUAUUUAUUGUAUGUUCUCUGAAUGCUGCUCUCAGCUGCUGUGCUGUCUCAUAGGGCUGCCGCGUGUCCGUGUUACUGAACGUAUUUACCGGUGUUGAUGGUGCUCUGUGUGCCAGGAUGUUUUUUCUGAGGUUAUGCUUCUUUUCCUAAGCGUGUAUCCAAGUCACUCUUGAUAUGUGUGUUCACUAGUUGGGCCAUAGGGGGUGUGGUAUGUGCCUCGGCAGCCCCUCCCUCCUGAUCUGAACUAUACACAUGAAUAUUCUUUUGUGGAACAUGACAAGCCUGAAACGAUUUUAUAUACAUUUGUACAAUAAUGUUGUUUGAGAAAACAAAAAAAAAACAAG